CGUUAAGAACCCAACCCCAGUAAAGGUCUGAAACCACGUUCUUCCUCAUCCUCCUCUUUCUCCUCUCUUCCCCUCCGUCUUCGUUGACCUCCAUCUAUCUAACCGGACACCCCAAAUCACUGUUCCCAACUCCCAGAUCCGUUCUCCUCAUCCCUCAAUCUAACACCUCCAAGAUCAAGGAUUCGCCUCGCUACAGAUCUCCACCUCAGGUUCUGCUUCUUCUAUCGUAUUUAUUUGGGUUUGCUCCAGAUCUGGUUCAAAGCUCGAAACUUUCUCAAUCAAGUUGAGGUGUUUUUUUGUUUCGGGGUUCGUUCUUGAACGAUUUAAAGAUCUGGGUUUGAUUGUUUUGCUUGAUUUGGUAUAUUGGAAAUGUCAAUUUUGCCGAAAGAGGAUUCGAUUCAAAUCCGGGAGGUGUGGAAUGAUAAUCUUGAAGAGGAGUUCCAUAUAAUACGGGGUAUUGUUGACAAGUACAACUAUAUUGCUAUGGAUACCGAGUUCCCUGGUGUGGUUCUUCGCCCUGUUGGGGCUUUUAAGAACAUAAGCGAUUACAACUAUCAGACUUUGAAAGACAAUGUUGAUAUGUUGAAAUUGAUUCAGUUGGGCCUCACUUUCUCCGACGAGAAUGGCAACCUUCCUACCUGUGGUACCGAAAACUCCUUCAUCUGGCAGUUCAAUUUCCGCGAGUUCAAUGUCACCGAAGACAUCUUUGCCAGCGAUUCAAUUGAGUUGUUGCGUCAAUGUGGGAUUGACUUUAAGAAGAACAGCGAGCAGGGUAUUGAUGUGAACCGGUUCGCUGAGCUCUUGAUGUCUUCAGGGGUUGUAUUGAAUGAUGCUGUGCAUUGGGUUACCUUCCAUAGUGGGUAUGAUUUUGGAUACCUGCUCAAGCUUUUGACUUGUAGGAGUUUGCCUGACACGCAAGCUGGUUUCUUUGAUUUGAUCAAGAUAUACUUCCCAAUGGUGUAUGAUAUCAAGCAUUUGAUGAAGUUCUGCAACAGCCUCCACGGUGGGUUGAACAAGCUUGCAGAACUCUUGGAUGUGGAAAGAAUUGGUGUGUGCCAUCAAGCAGGCUCAGACAGUUUGCUUACAGCAUGCACCUUUAGGAAAUUGAGGGAUACCUUCUUCAGCGGCUCGACCGAGAAAUAUGCAGGUGUCCUGUACGGUCUGGGUGUUGAGAAUGGACAGAGUACUAAUUGAAAGAAAAUAAUUGUCAAAAAAGAUUGAUGAAUAUUUGUAGACUAUUGAGUGUGAGACAUGUAGCAUUUCCUUGUACACUGUUCGCAAAAAAGAGUUGUUGUUUUAGUUUUAACUUAUCAUCUUUGCUUGCCUGUAACUGAAACCUUAACCGGUUCUGUAGCAUUGAGUUUCUUGUAAAUUAUUGCAGUUAGUGUUUCAAUAAAAGUCUAUGUUUCAAUGAGUUA